UGUCCGCCAUUACACCACGUAUCACUCCGCGCAGGACUUUUGUUUUCUUCACUUUGCGAGUGUAUUUGAACUGUAAUAAUAUUUUUAAAAGAGUUUGUGUUUUUUGUAACAUAUUCUACAUGUACACAUUUCAGUCAGAACUUCAAUCACAACUCGAGGAAGUGUAGAUAAACGCAGCUAAAACGCUAAAAAGAGCAGGGAACUGGAGCUGUGUGUACAUCCGCGCGGCUGGGGGGGAAGAAAGUAGUGCGCGGAGUGAGCAGGAAUCGUAUGAGUGUUAUUUUCAGCUCGCGCUUUUCAUCGUAAAACAAAACAAAAAACACACAGAAUUCUAAACUCGUCGGAGGUUUCGGGGAGAAAACGUGAUAUAAAAGUUGUGAAUCUUUUUCCAGAUGUCUCUGGUGGAUCUGGGGAAGAAGUUGCUGGAGGCGGCUCGCUCUGGACAGGAUGACGAGGUUCGGAUCCUCAUGGCUAACGGAGCUCCGUUCACCACAGACUGGCUGGGCACAUCGCCACUCCACCUCUCAGCUCAGUACGGUCACUAUUCAACCACCGAAGUGCUGCUGCGCGCCGGCGUCAGCCGAGACGCUCGCACCAAAGUGGACCGAACACCUCUGCACAUGGCUGCUUCGGAAGGCCACGCCUCCAUCGUAGAGGUCCUGUUGCAGCACGGUGCUGACGUGAAUGCUAAGGACAUGUUGAAGAUGACGGCUCUGCACUGGGCGGUUGAACAUGGACACGGUGACGUGGUGGCGCUGCUGCUGAGGUUUGGCGCUGACGUUCACGCUCAGAGUAAAUUCGGCAAAACGGCGCUCGAUAUCGCGCUCGACAACAACAAUGAGGACCUGGCGGAAAUCCUGCAGGUGGCGAUGCAGAACCAAAUCAACACAAACCCCGAGAGUCCCGACAUGCUGACCAUCCACACUGCAUCUCCUCAGUUCAUCAUUGGCCCGGGGGGCGUGGUCAACCUGACCGGCCUCAUCUCACCCUCGAACACAGCUAAACCUGCAGUGAUGGCCACUGAGGAGGUGGUGACUGCAGACUCUGUCGACGGUGCUAUCCAACAGGUCAUGACCUCUGGAGGUCAGCAGGUCAUCACCAUAGUAACCGACGGCAUUCAGCUAGGAAACCUGCAAGGGGGCGGAGCCAUCAACCAGCCUAUUAUAGUCACCAUGCCUGACGGGCAGCAAGUGUUGACAGUUCCAGCCACAGAUGUAGCAGAGGAAACGGUGGUGAGUGACGAACCAUCACUGAAGCGAGCGAGACUGGAAGUGGAAGAAGAGGAGGAAGAGGAGGAGAACACCACCACACACACACACGAGACCAAGGAGAAGGUGGCGUUGUUGAAGCAGUUGGAGGAGGCGAACAGAGAAGCGCAGAAAUACAGACAGCAGUUCCUGAAGAAGGAGCAGGAAGCUGAGGCGUACCGCCAAAAACUGGAGGCCAUCACACGCCAAGGGGGGAAGAAACCGGCGUGACACACAUAUACACGCACACACACACACACACACACACACACACACACACACAUAUAAAAGGCCUGUGUCAUAACCGGUUACAAAACUCACCAAGAUAAUAUUCUUAUCUGGAACACUUCAAAAUAUCAUCCCGUCCACUACGUAGGCUCCCUAGCGAUGUAGCGUUCCCUGCUAAAUGAAACACGUCCCAUUCAGAACACACUUACCUUUUUAGGCUCCCUAUUUUGGCAUUAUUUAAGACAAUACCCUAAUUCUUAAUUCGUAAAGUUUCAUAUUGGCACAUGCCUCUGCGUGCACACACACACACACACACACACACACACACACACACACACACACACACACGCCUGAUUUCUAAGAGACUCUUUCUCACACACACUAAUGUGUUUUUUUUGCAUUUUUAGCAGACAUUUGUUUACCAACCCACGUCAUCAUCCAUCGGUCAGAACCCUGCGCCCUGUUCCCUACCUAGUGCACUUCGUUUGGGAGACAAAGCAUUAAUAUUGAGUGCACUUGUGAAAUCCCACAAUGCAUUGCAGCAUGUUAGCAUCCAAGCCUUCUGUACAGAAUACUCUAAAUGGGGCAUGGAGGCUGUAGGGAUUAAGGAAUAGGGCACCCUUGUGUGUUUUCUUUUCCACCCAGCUGUGAUUACGUGAACGUCGAGUUUGUUUCUAAAUAAAACCUGAAUCUGAUGACGUGAU